CUGAACGGCACCGAGAGUGGACGUGUUUCGUUCGUUUUUCCCUCUGAUUUUUUAACUUCUGAAGAUUCGUCAUCGGUGUAGAAGAAGGUUAGAAAAGCAAAAAAAGCAACGGUUCAACGAACAAUCUAGCGUGGAAGUGAUAACUUCCCAAAAAGGAAGUUUUAUUUUGCUGGUUGAAACGUGGUCGGAAUUCGUCAGGUGCGAUUCUGAAGUUUCGUUAGUUAAAAGUUGAAGCAGAAGUUCUGAGUUUACUGUGGAGACACCGCCAUCUUUGAUUAUAUUAAGAAGUGCAUCAUCUUCGGCGGCAUAGAACAAAAUAAAGCAGUUUGAAGAUUCGACAAAAUUAAAGCGAAAGCACCAUGAACACGGUCACGGUUAGCAAAGUUCACUUCAACAGCUCGACCGGUGUCUCGCUAAAUGACCGCUUCACCGUUAUGUCCAAGGUGAUUCCAGCUGACAAAAAUUACGCUACGAUCACCCGAACGAAUCCCCACAUGGCAAAUGGAAUUCUUCGUCGCAAGCGAUCCAAUUCGGUCGAUUCGCUUAACACUAAAGGUUCGCUAGCGAACCGGCAGCUGCUCAGGCAGCUGGACAGACUGCAUACGGGACAUAAUUCAGCGUUUCGUCAGAAAAAUAGAAACAUUCGCUCCGGUCGGCAGCGUUUAAAUCGCAGUAAUUUUGCAACGAGAGUUAAUCUUCGUCGGGCAGCCGGAAAUACGCUUUCACUGGUGGGAGGCUCAUACCACCUUCAGCGCUCCAACAGCCUUUCCGAUAUCGCCACAAUGAACGCCGAUUACGUCGAGCGGCAGGCGCUGUAUCGCACCAGCUCUCAGCAGCACGUCUCGAGCCGUCUUGGCAAUAAUUCAAGAGCCCGCAGCCGCUCCCGCAAUGCCCGCCAACCGUUGCAUCGUACGAAUUCUUCCGCCAAUAUGGGAGGACGAUCCAGAUCCCGGGGCGGCCGGGAUCGUUCAAAUUCGGGAUCACGUUCGCGUCCCCGUAUGUCCCGUUCGCGUUCACGCGUACAGUCCGUUCGCGACAGAUCGCGCAGCACCGGUAUGAAUGGUUACAAUGGCGGAAACUAUGGAAAUCGUGGCGGCAGUGGCUACGGUCGCGCACGUGGACGCUCCAAUGGUCGACGGGGCCGUGGUAAUGGUUAUCUAAUGCGUACUGGUUCACGUUCGAACCUGCGGUAUGGAAGUGUGAAUGGGCGACUCGGCACGAAUCGCACCAAUGGGUACCGCGGUGGACGCGGAUGGAUUGGCAAUCGUGGUCUACGACGUGGAGGAGCUACCCCCUAUCAGAACGAUUGGAACGGAGGAAGACCCGGACGAAACCCGCAGAGAGGAGGAGGAGCUGGCGGUUUCAGCGGAGGUGUAGGUGGAAUCCCAUACCGUGGACGUUCGCGCUCUCGGGGACGACCGGCGUCACUGAAUCGGUCACGUAGUGGACAACGCGGUCGCAACACAUCACAAGGACGCAGGCUAUCGGCAUUUUCCAAAAGUAAGGAAGAUCUUGACAAGGAACUGGAUCAGUAUAUGGCCAGCACGAAGUCAUCACUGGACAAGGAGAUGGACGAGUACAUGAACGGGAUGCACCGUAGUAUAUAGGAGUUGGUAACGCCUGGCAGUAGACACAGACUGGGCGGUUUGAGUAGGAUGGAGGUUCGCUGUCCAAUCUAAUUAAACUAAUGAUACAAAACACAUGUGUGUGUAUCCUUAUAAUUAAAGUAAACUGCUAAACUAACUAUAGACGAUAAGGAACCGUUUUUCUGUUUAGAAAAAUGAACUUGAUAAAUCGCCGAAAACUGAACUUGAGGAAUACAUUUUAGUAAUUUAUCAACAAGGUCGUGAGCAUUGAAUGUAUAUAGAAUAUACAGCACCUGCAAACUAAGAUGAGAAAUAAAUUGUUUUCUUAUGACUGAAUACAUUAA